GAGGCACCGGCUGCGGCAGCCCCUGGAGGAGAACAAAGAGCGGUCCGGGGGAAGAACGCGUUCCCACGCUGGGUCGCAACCACCACACCGCAGAGCGCCAUGCCGCCACCGUCCCCCCGGGGGGCCUCCGCUUCCGCAUCCGUUGCCGCCACCCAUGCCCCCGCGAUCGGGCACUCGGGGCGGAUCCUGACGGCAAAAUACCUCCGCAAGGCCUCGAGCAAGGUGCGUUGCGUUGUGUCUUUUUUUCUGCCUGGCGUUUUUCUCGUUUUGUUCUGUGUUGCUUUGUGUUGCUCUUGUAUGUGUUGUUCUGUGUUGCUCUUGUAUGUGUUGCUCUGCCCCGUUCCGUUCUCACAAAACAAAAACCUGUUCGUUUUCACGGUUGGCGUUGCUUCUGAACAUCCCUUGCGGCGAUGGAACAAAACGAAACGAAACGAAAUGGAUGCGCAUCCAACACCACGCGACAACUACAAUCAAUGCACCACAUCACAUAACCCGCAACGCAUCGCAUCGCAUCGCAUUGCAUCGGACCAACCACGAACGGCCGAUUGCGUCCCGCUUUCGGCAACGAAACGCGAUGCAUUUGCAAACACUACACUACACUACACCACUCCACACUACACUACACGCCACACCACGCCACACCACCGUCCCUCGGCUUCCGCUCCGCUCCGCGUGCACGCCCACACAGAAGGACCUCGUGGCGAGGCUCCGGAGGGUCCUGGGGUGCCUCCGGGACGACCCGCACCUCGAGGCCGAGGACACCUCCGGCUACCCCGGCCUGGCCGGCCUCUGCGGGGCCCUCACCGGGAGCGGGGGCGACCCGCAGAACCGUGGCCGGAGGGCCGGCCCGAUCCACCACAGAGACAAGGAGGUCCGCCUCUACGCGGUGGCCGCCUGCAUGGAGCUCUUUGCCCUCUACGCCCCGGCCGCCCCCUGGAACGAGGCCGAGACCCUGGACAUUUUCGGCCAGACCAUCCGCCAGCUGGCCAACCUGGGGCACACGCACACGCACACACACACCGAAACCACCAAGGGAGCGCACUUCUACGAGUACUACCGCAUCCUGGAACUCCUGGCGGAGGUCAAGAUCGCCGUCCUGCUGGUCGAUCUCUCCAAGAAAAACGACGACGACAACGACAACAGCGGCGGCAACAGCAGCAGCCAUAGCACCACCAACCACAACGCCGCCCGCCCUUCCGGGAACCAGACCAACCGGGAGGCCCUCCUGGUCCUGACGGAGCUCUUCCGGACCCUCCUGCAGUCCGUCCGCAACGGGCACCCCCCCGAGGUCCUGGACUGCUGCCGAAAGACCCUGACCUCCUGCAUCGAGGAAUUCUUCGAGACCACCUUCCUCCCGGUCCCCCUCCUCGACGAGCUCCUGGUCUGCAUCGGACAGGGCCCGCGGGUCCUGGUCCUCAAGCAGCAGCAGCAGGAACAGAAACAGAAACAGAAACAGGAGCCGCCGCGCGGGAAACCCCGGGCCGGGUCCGGGGCUUCCGGGCGGCAGCCCCUUCCGGCCCCGGUCGUCACCGUCCGGCAGAACAACCCUUCCUACGCGGUCGCCUCGGCGGUCGUCCGCGCCAGCGUCGAGCGCCUGUCGACCCCCAUCGCGAGCCUCCUCAACGGCCUGGUCCAAUCCGAUCCGCGGGCCGUAGGGGCCUCGACGAUCUCGAACCACGCCUGCGAGGCAAGCGCCGAUUCCAACGCCGGCGCCGGAAACGAGCCCCCCGUCCCGCGGGGGGUCCUGGAAAUGGCCGACGCCCUGGGCCGGCCCCAGAGGCAGACCCAGGACCCCCACGGGUCCAGCAACGUCUACGGCGUCAUCCUGGAGCUCCAGAGGGUCGCCCCGGCGAUCCUUACCACCGUCUUUGGAAACCUGGCGAGCCACGUCGAAACCACCGACGUCGGCCAGAGGCUCCUGGUCGUCGAGACCCUGGGCAGGCUCUUUGCGGGCAGCGGAAGCGGCGACGCCGCCGGUGGGACCGGCCGCUCCGGCCUUUCCGUUGCCGCCAAGAACAGGGAGAGCUUUUUCCAGUGGCUCCAGCGCAGCGGGGACAGGCGCAUCGAGAUCCGCCGCCGGAUGCUCCCCCACCUGCUGGCCCUGACCCGGGCCGGGAGCUCCUUUCUGGAAGAAGCCGGGGCCUCGUCGCUGGAGGCGAGCCUGGCGCUCAGGGUCCAGGAGGCCCUCCUCCGGAGGCUUUCGGGGGAUCCCUCCCCGGCGUUCCGGACCGAGGUGGUCCAGGGCCUCUGCACCCUUUCCUACAACCACCGCAAGAUACUGACCCGGAGGGCCAUGGACCAGCUCGGGGAGCGGGUCAUGUCCAGGGACCGGGCGGAGCGGAAGGACGCCCUCACGGGCCUCGUCCAGCUCCACUUUCGGCAGUACACCCUGCACCACCUGGCGGCGGUCCUGGAGGGGGGGGACGACUGUCCCAUCGGGUCGGUCCUGGACGUUCUGCGCAGGUGCUCCUUCCCGGGAGACCGGGCUUCCGCCGCAGGGGCGUUCUCCGCGGAGACCGCCGCGAGCCUGAUCGCCGCGAGGUCCCGAAACGCGGCCCCCGAGUCCUGCGGGAGGCGGCGCGGGCCGGAGGAGACCGACGACGACGACGAGCCCGGGCCUCUGGAGUCCCCUGGAUUCUCCGACCGGGGCGGCAGGGACGACUUUUCCUAUUACCAGUGGAUCCCCUGCGUCCUCUUUGAGAGCGCCAGCUACUCGGACGCCACCGACGCCGACAUGCACUCGCGUGUCGUACAGCUGGUCGACGAGCUCCUCCUGGGGUGUUCCUCCCCCCAUCCGGACAACCGGCGCAGGCUGACCUCCACCGGGAGGGCCACCGCGAUGGCGAUCGUCGUAGACGCCGUCCGCAAGCAGUCCCAUCUGGCCGGCCUCUGGAUGACCAAGCUGCAGUCCGUCCGGGCCAGGCUCCAGAACGCUCUGAAGGCCUACCUCGAAGCGAGGGCGGAGAUCCGGAGGCACGAAACAGGUACGUCGACGGAAACGGAGCGGAAGGCAAAAAACGUGGCGCGAGGCGUCCGUGGAAGCGCCGCCGUGGCCUUCCGGGAGAAAACGGAGAGCGCGGCAUUCCGAUCCAAACCACAAUCGCUGCCGUCCUUUCUUUCUCUGACCAAUUCUCUGCUUCCUUUGCGUUUCAAUGUGUGUACGACAGGUUCCGAGGAGUAUUUUGCUGCGGACGCGAAAGCCAAAGAUCUAUUGGAAACGGUAGCUUCGAUGAUCCCCCCGCCAAGCGGGGCUUCUCCUGCUCCCGGAGAACGGCACGCCGUCCUGGAAAAAUUUCAUUCCAGCAAAGACAAGCGCGUCUUUCUCGUCUUGGGCACGAUCACGAACCCGAGCCAUUCUUCAAAGUGUCGUGCCAAGGCCAUCGACGACUUGCCGAAGCGGGUGAAGGCAACGGCCGGGGAUGCCGUGUCUGCAUGGGUCAAAUCGCUGGCAAAACGUUGCGCCAUGGGAGAUUUCGUAAACCUCGAUGUCGUUCAUCACUGUGUGCUGCUGGCCCAAGAAUGUUUUCACGAAGGAGACUUGGAUGCCACCCUCAAAUUUUUGGUAUGCGUUCAAAUGGCGGUAGAAUCCUUUCCUUCCCUCUGCGCAUCCGGGGAAGUCUUUGAGAACCUGAGCGAGUUGUUCCAGGAUUGCAACGGUUCUUCUCAGAAAAAUCAAACGGAAGGACCCGCGAUUGUUACCGCACUCAGCGCCAUUCUUGCCUCCGUAGCGCCGUAUAGAGACCCAAGCGACGAUUCGUCCUUGUUGGAGGAUGAUCUCUACAAAAAGCUUGUGAACCUAUGUCGAAAUGGCACCCCGGAACAAGCUCGGCAUGCGGUGGCAACCAUUACAUCGCUCCUCAAGCCGAAGAAUGGUGCGGAACUCACCCAGGAAGAAACCAAAACUUUUCUUCCAUUGCUCGAAACUCUUGCCACUCCCUCGCGAUUGGCCAUAGCGUCGACUGGAUCUUCCACGAAGCUGGUGUGUGUGUUGGCUGCUCUAACGGAGCUGGCAAACAAUGCCCCCCAGGUGUUUGAAUCUUCGAGUCGUGGAACGAAGGCGCUGAAGUUUGCCCUCGAAAUGGUGUUGAUGGGCCGCGCCCGUGUCGACGUAACAAGUGGUGACGACGACGACGAUUACGAUGAAGCGGACGAUACAAGAACUCCCAAGCGUGGUCGAAAUCGAAAGUCAUCAAGCGCCAAGAGCAGGCAUCUCAGCCCCAAGGCUACAGAUACGAGUCUAGUCGAAGACCAGAAUCUAUCGAUUCCUUGCCGCACGAUCUGCGCUGCAAUUGAACUCUUGUCUGCGUUUAUCCGAUCUAGCGUUUUCGUUGCCAAGAAAUCUCGUUCGACCUUUACUCAAACGACUCAGGACAUCAUCGAACAAUCGUUCAAGAUUUUCUCGCAAAUAUUGCGAGACCAAGGUUUGCCUCCAUCAUCAAGAGACCGCGACGUGUGUAGUUUUCGUCAAGAUCGAGCCGCUCUGAGGCAAUGUGCGGCGAUCCAUCUCUUUCGUCUAUGCGAUACCCGCCUAGGACUCGAUCAGAAACACCUUACAACGGAGCGAUGGCACACUUUGGCUUCGAGCUUACUCGACGACGAACCUGUUGUAAGAAAAGCGGCUAUGGAAGAGUUUGGACUGAUGAUCACGGGCCAUGGGAAGUUUUCUACGGCAUACGGAAUGGGCGUUAUGGCACCCCGAUUGCGCUUCGUUGCAAUGUCGGUGUUUUGUAUCGAUGGAAGUCAAGGCUCGCAUUCCAAGGCGAAUGGCAAUUCAGCGAACAUAGGAAAAGCGAUUCACAAUCAGAAAGGGAACAUCGCUGGUUGUAUUACUGACCUGAGGAAAGUAUACGAAUCAUACGCCGUACAGUGCCGGGCGCAGGGGCCAGAAGCUGAGAAACAGUUUGAGACAUUUACCAAGCUUACCAUCAUGCCAGAAUAUGCUGUGCCCUAUUCAUUUCAUCUUCUGACUUGUCGACAAGAAACACCCUCGUCGACUGGACCAAGCACCGGGAAAUCUAGGAAGGCGAACGACGAUGAUGAGAGUGGACAAAGAAUCCUUCGAAAACGCUUGAAAGCUCUGUACGAUCCACUCGUUCUCCAACUCGGUACAUCGGCCGAUAACAUCAGCUUUCUUCUCCGCAUGGCAGAAAUGCUAGCAAAAUCAUUCCAACCUAUAGGUUGCUCGCUUAGCUCCCCAGGAAGUGACAACAGCUCAAGGGACGGGGAUAAAUUGAAAAAUAUAUGUGCGACGGCACGAGAGGUAUUGUUGUCGUACGUGAAGACAGACGCGAAUCUUGACACGCAUCCCGGUGCGAUACGGAUGCCUGGCAAUCUCUUCCGCAAACGACAAAGUCGCAAGAGACCAGUACAGGAAGACUCCAUCACGACAGAUACAUCUCCAAUCAUUGACAUGAUGAUUACUACGCAAGACAGUGAGAUUCAAAACCAAAAAAUAAGUUCAAACCUGAAUCGAAAAAGACCAGCUAGCUCUAAGGAACACGAGAAGCACACCCAGGAUCAUCCUUUUGGCAACAAUAAUACCAAGCAAGAGCAAACCCGAAGAUCUACAAGAUCCGCUACAAAGCACGAUGUCGAUGGUUCAAAAACGACUGCAAAAACUGAUGAAGCGUCUAGAAACUCCCAUGACACUCAAGCAAGCAUCGCAGAUACGAGUCGGAGGCGAAGAUCUCUUCGAAUAUCGACAAGAACAGCAUCCAUUGGUUCAACUAAUACUUACGGAGAUGGUGACUCGAGAGUGUCAUCUAGCACAGACGAAAUAUCUGGAUAUUCAGUUGACGGAAAUGUAGGUAUUACAAGAAAGAAUACCCAACAAAUUGCGCCUCGAAGAUCCACAAGGUCAACUAGAUCGACUAAAUUCGACGAUUCGAGGGACUCAAGCACAUCAGGUAGCAUCAGUAUUGAACAUGGAAAUGAAUCAACCGAGAAUGGAACAGGAACUAUUGAAUCAACCCCGUCGUCGAAGGAUGUCGAGAGCACAGUUACCUCUACUCGUGGUAUUAUGCUUUCGACUGAAGGUGAAGACGACCCUUCGAGUUCUCGACUUGGAAGCGGCUCCAAUAAAAAGCGACGAUCAGAUGCUUCCAAAAGUAUCUCCGCCGACAGUCGCGUACACUUUUCUCCUGAAAUUGAUUUUGGAGGGUUGUCUCCCAUCAACAGGAGGAGUUCCCGUAACAGUAAAAAUGAGGAGCUGUUACUGAGUUCGUCGGAAACAAAAACAAGAGGCACAACACCUCCAUCGUCCCUCCGGAACGCCUCGUUCCCAGCUACUGCAUCUGCGUCAGUUGCUAUUGGGUCGCCUCGGCCCCAUGAAAAUAGAGACUCCAAAAGCCCAACAACUGUGAGUGAAUCCACUGCCAAAAGCUCAAUUGGACGUGUUUCAUCUCAAGGAAAUGAAAAGACGAAGCCUCUAGGGGACAAAAAGGCAGAAGUUGCGCAUAAUCGACGAAGAAAAUCAUCUCGGAAACUUGCUGUCGACGACAAGGAAAAUGCGACUGCAAUUAAGAAAAAAGGAGGCCCGAAAGAUAUCAAGAUUGUCCGAUCGAAACAAAGCUCAAAGUUCAAAGCCAAGAAAGUUGUCAAGAAAACGGCGCUCGCCAGCGUUGGAAAGCGCGGCAAAAGGAAAAGUUCGAAACCAAUUGAUUCCUUUGACUUUGAGGGGUAAAAUACUGGAUGAGAAAUAGUCGAUUACAUUGCACUGG